AUGCACAGCCCUCACACAUCCUCCGGCCGUCGCGGCAGCGUCGCCUUGUCCAGCAGCGCCAGCGCCGAAGACUCGUGUCUGUUUGUGGACAACCUGAUCCGCGGCGUACAGCAGCGUUUACGCUCCGAGCUGGGCUUCCGCGAGGUGGUCGUGGCCACAGGCGAAGAGGCUGAUACCGUUAUGGACUCAGGUCGCUCGCGUACACUAUUGGCCACCUCCAUCUUGAACGACCACGAGUCUCCCAGUAAGAGCGAGGAGCCGCAGCCCUGGGAAGCCACAGCCGCCAGUAAACGCCAGCUGCUGUACGGCAAGGACGUGGACCGCAAGAACAGCGACGCGUCACUCUGCAGCGAAUGCGCCAAGGGCACAGUAUACGUGUCGGACGGCUACGAGAACAAGCAGCGACUACUAGUCAUUGUGCCGUACCGAGAAGCCGGUAUCUGGAGUCGCAGUAUCUGCAUGAACCAGUUCGACAGCGACAGCGACAGUGGCUCCAUGAUGUCGUACUUAAAGAAAGCAUUGAGCGAGAACUACGGCGUGGUGAUCAUGAACCCAGCGGCUCAGAGCUGCCACCCUCGCGCACACGUCGAGAGCGCGUGGGACCAACUCAUCGCCCCUCUGAUCAGCGAGGUCUUCAUCGUCGCAUUCUCACGUGGUGCGCAGAUGGUUCUGCAUCUCCUCAACUACGACAACGGCCUGGGUGUGAUGCAGGACCGCGUCAAAGCUCUAGCACUCGUCGAGCCGUCGCACUACGUCAGUGACAGCGACACGUACUUUGCUCGACGAAUGCUGGCGCGUCGUGCUGUGUCCUGGAUCCUAAACUCGGAGAUCGACGUGGGCUGUAAGAUCCCGCAAGGCCACACACGUCACGGCUGCGUCUGUGUGUCAGCAGGCACCGUACCGUCCAAUGUACUGGGCAGUAGCGGCGCAUACGCUCUGGAAAUGGUCAAGAGCUCUGUGUUCGGCUCGUUUGCUGCUCGUUGCGGUGAGGCAGCGGGCAUUACAGUGAACGCCAAUAAGAUCAACGCGUGUGGCAUCUGCCAUCGCAAGCUGUCGAUGCUGAACCGAAGGAUCCCGUGCUCCUGGUGUGAAGUCAAGUACUGUAGUCGCUGCUGCGAGGACAAGUUUGUACCUGCUUUUGGCAGUUGGCGCGUGUGUUCGCUGUGCCAGUCACUACCGUGUUUGAUCGACCCUCGACGUAAGAAUCGCAGCGCCACAAACCACACGAGUCCUACGGCUGCUGGUCAGGAGCGCUGCAGCGUGUUCAUCCGUCCUACAGCGGAUGAUGACGACCCGGUGUGUCUGGGAGACUUUGAGAUCGUCAAACUCGUCGGUCGUGGCGCUUGUGGUCGUGUGAAGCUGGUACGUAAGAAACACGGCUACGAUGAAGGCGUGUUCUACGCUAUGAAGGCUAUCCGCAAGAAACUGGUGAUCCAGCGUGGGCUGGUGGAAGCUACGAACGCGGAGCGACGCAUCUUGGACCGGAUUAAACACCCGUAUGUGGCUACGCUGUGCUACGCGUUCCAGACGGAGGCCAAGCUGUAUCUCUUGUCCAAGUAUUAUCCCGGUGGCAACCUGCUGGACCAGAUGCGACUGGCACGGAGAUUCACGGAGGAUCGCACUAGACUGUACACUGCCGAGGUGGCGCUCGCUAUCCGUCACUUGCACCAAAAUGAUAUUAUUUAUCGCGACCUCAAGCUGGAGAACGUGCUGGUGGACUCGGACGGUCACGUGGCGCUCACGGACUUUGGUAUGUCGAAGGAGAACAUGCCCGAUGAAGGUCGUACCACCACGUUCGUGGGCACGUACCAGAUGAUGGCUCCUGAAGUGUUUAGUGGCAAGUCGUACUCCCGUGCUGUGGACUGGUGGGCGUUGGGUGUCAUGGUGUACGAGAUGAUCGAUGGACGUACACCGUUCAACGCCAAGACCAACCGAUUGAUCAAGGAGCGGAUUGUGAACGUGGACUUGAAGUUCUCGCCUCGGUUUACGGAAGAUGCCAAGGACUUUGUGUCUAAACUGUUGACCAAGAACGAGGACAAUCGAUUGGGUUCAGGAGAGCAUGGCUUCGAGCAUAUUAAACACCAUCCGUGGUUCAAGGGACUCGACUGGGACAGUGUGGAGCGCAAGGAGGCGUUGUUUGAAGGCCAGUAUGCGCUUAUGGAGAAACACGCUAAGGAGUACCGUACUGAAGAUAUCUUUGAGACGUACAUGAACACCGUGGAGGUCCCUAUCGACACGCCAGCGUCGGUCAAGAGCUCGAAUGAUGAAUUGUUCAACGACUUUGCGUUCAACUACAUGGACGGACCUGAUGAGGAGCAGCGUGAUGUCCCUGAGCCGGACGAAGAAGGAGACACAGAGAGCCCAUUGUCUCCUGUAUCGCCUGAUGGCAGCACGGAGCGAUCAUCCAAGCCGCGACCGCUUACAGUGAGGGAGGACAAGAUGUUGGACACGUUCUUGUCUACCAAUGGCUCGCACUUUGACUUGACGCUGCUGCGACCGAACCAAGCGACGGACUUUGGCGUCUCGGGUUGCUCGUCGUUGAGUUCGGAGGGCACAGAUGACGAGGGCGCUGAGCCCGUGGAACAGCUGGACGAUCUGGAGACAACGAAGAAGGACAAGAAGGACAAGAAGCCGUCCAGUCCCACGACACAGCCAGUGUCGCCCUCAAGCAAUGACGGUACGGACGUAGACUCAGUGCUCACUAAGACUGGAAGCAACUCCACAGAUGCCACCGAGGAAGCCUCCAAGGCCGAGUGA